GGGUCAAGCCUCCAUUUUUGCCAGGGCGUCUGCAGCAGCUGUCCACUGGCAUGCCAGAGGGAGCGUCACUCACAGUGGUGAUACAGGGGUUCAGACGUCAACCGAGGCGGCUCUGUGCAGUUUGAUCCAGGAAGGUUUACUCUCACCGUCUCCAGCCCUGCAGCCCAACCAUGGCGGAUCAGUACCAGUACAACACCAACGAGGAGAAGAUUGUGAAGGACAGCCACACCAAGGAGAUUGAUCUAAUCAACAGAGAUCCCAAGCAGAUCAAUGACGACGUGGUGAAGGUGGACUUUGAGGAUGUCAUUGCAGAGCCUGACGGGACACACAGCCUGGAUGGGGUUUGGAAGCUCAGCUACACCACUUUUACUGUGUCCAAGUACUGGUGCUACCGUAUCCUAUCUGCUGUCUUUGGCAUCCCUGUCGCUCUUCUCUGGGGUUUCCUGUUCGCUUGCAUCUCCUUCUGCCACAUCUGGGCUGUAGUUCCCUGCAUCAAGAGCUGCCUGAUUGAGUCACAGUGCAUCAGCCGCAUCUAUUCUCUCUGCAUCCAGACCUUCUUAGAUCCCUUCUUUGAAGCCCUGGGCAAGGUCUUCAGCAGUGUGCGUGUUGCACUGCGCAAAGAAGUCUAAAAACUCACACUGUAGUGUUUAUAGUAUGAUCGGAUGAAGUGCGGUAUCUUUUUAUACACCAGAAGCUCAGUCCUCGCGUCUCGCUAACUCCCUCAGACUCCUCCUCCUUCCUUCAUAACAUGCCGUUCCCCACCCAACCAUCCUCAAGCUGGGUCCUGAUAUGCCCUGUGUGCCUAUUGCCACCAGAAGCCCUGUGACAGCUGCAGCAGGCCGCGUGGUUCUAUGACAGUUCUGGCACUCCUGCAGGGCUCAGUGCUGCUCUGAGGGAGGAGAGGACUGCCUGCCAUGACGAGGAUCUGUCUGUAAUCAUGUAUUUGUGUCAUAAAAAGCCAAAGACAAUGGUUACUCAUUCAACAGAUGAAAUAAACUCCCCAACCUGUGGACAAUGCUGCAUGUAUGCAUUUCAUUUUGUCAUUAUUAAAUGUUAAUUGCUGUAUGUGCUUGGUAAAGUUUAACUCUAUAUUGAUUUAAUUAGAUUUGGUAUAAUAAUGCAAAGAACUUUAAUAUAAAGAAAGUAAUUGACAAUUUCUUCAACAUAAUUAUUUUGUCAUUUGUGAUGAGUCCUCAGAAACUAACUUUUUUUGCUUAAUUGUACGUGAAAGAAAUGUGUGGAACCAACCAUGCAGAUAAACUACUUCCUUUUACCGAAGCGUGAUGAGUGGAAUAUUAAACUGCUCCACAUUUCAGUCAUGUACGUGUUAACAAGUAUGCAAUUACAUGUACUGUAACUACUGGAGGAGUAAAGUAAGAAGGACAUUGUAUUGUUGAACUGUGUUAUUUAAAUGAUCUAAAAAGUGUAAUGCCUUUGCUGCUAUUGUGCAGCUCUAGUUGAGAAGGUUAAUUAUGUAUGGGCUAGAACUUAUCUAAGUACACUUCACAAUUGAUAAAACUGUCCUUAUAAUAAGUGUAUUGCAUCACUGGUUCACUGUUUGCUUGAAAGUAUAAUAUGUGUGUUAUUUCAGUUCAAUGUGAGAGGCUGGAGAAAUACAUUUUUAAGAUUCACCAACCAUCUUAA